AUGUCAAAGGAAUUUGAACCGGUUGCAAACCACGCCUUGUCUGUGCUCCCUUCACUGAACUCGCCUGGGUUUGAAGCAAGCAAGGUAUUUGCACUCACUGCGCUCUACCUUGGUAAGCCGCCCCCGGAUUUCCCAUCGGUAGGCUACCUCCGCAAGCAUCUGGCCCCCCUAUAUGUUUUUGUUAUCCACCCCUCUCACCAAACAGUCAAGACGCGCGCUGCAUGGCAGCGUAAUGAGCUUAAAAACGCAGCCGCAGAUGUCCGCUCGAAGCUCCAGCCUGAGCUCUGGUACAUCCACACGUCCAAGAACGGUGUGGAAGUUGGCAAAGGCCGCCCGUCCAGGUCCAAGAUGGGUCGCAAGGCGCAGCCAGACGUUGUGUUCGAGUGCUCGGACAGGGAGCUGGUCGACAUGGCUACUGGUAAAAUCCGGGCACAGAAGCUUUACGAAAAAGGCACGCUCGGGAUCCGCGGUAAGCUUGAUAAGGCACUGGAAAUCGGCAAGCUGCUCGCGUUCGAGCGCUCCAAGCUGUUCAAGGUGGUUAGCACGGAGCCGAAGGUGGACAAGGAAGAUCAGACGUCGUAUAGAGACGAUUUGAACGGACUCAACUUUGUCACGUCGAACCCCACUGAUUUCCGAUCCCGCCUCUAA